AACUCGCCUGCUCCCUUGUCGCCCGUGUCAGACUGCCCAUGUGCCUCGCGUCGCGCUGCCGUGAUUCCAACCUUAUCUCUCCCUCCCCCUUCUCUCUCCUCUCCUUCUCCUCUGCGCCCGUCCCCCUUUCAUCAACAUCGCCCGCGUCUCAUCCUCGCACCCUCCGCCCCUGCCUGCCCACGGCCUUCCGGAAGCAGAGGUCCAUCAGCACAGCAGUCGUCCGGCCAGCACCCAGCCUUAUCUCGCAUACAGCACGGUGCCGCCUGUCGCCCGACCCUCGACCUCCCACGCCGCCGACAUGUCGUACGCCCACGUCGGGGCACCCACCGCCUUCAAUGGCACCGACGACAGCAUUGGUGGUGAUUCCACCACCGAGAACCUCAAUCAGUGGUACCAGGCUGGCGAUCAGGCCUUCAUCCUCCUGAGCGCCUGCCUCGUCCUCCUCAUGGUCCCUGGCAUCGCCUUUCUGUACUCGGGCCUCGCCCGGAGAAAAUCGGCCCUCUCCAUGCUCUGGGUCGUCAUGAUGUCCUUCUCCGUCGUCGUCUUCCAGUGGUACUUUUGGGGUUACUCCCUGGCUUUUGGCCAAACCUCAGGCAACGCCUUCAUCGGCGACCUCAAGCACUUCGGCCUCAUGAAGGUCUGGGCCACGCCCUCGGUCGGCUCCCCGCUCAUCCCCGCCCUCCUCUACUCCUUCUACCAGAUGAUGUUCUGUGCCGUCACCGCCGCCCUGACCGUCGGUGCCGUUGCCGAGCGUGGCCGUGUCAUCCCCGCCAUGGUCUUCACCUUCUUCUGGGCCACCCUGGUCUACUGCCCCCUCGCCUACUGGGUGUGGAACGCCAACGGCUGGGGCUUCAAGCAUGGCGUCCUCGACUACGCCGGCGGCGUUCCCGUCGAGAUUGGCUCCGGUGUCUCCGCCCUGGCCUACUCCUGGGUCCUCGGUCGCCGCAACGACAAGAUGAUGAUGAACUUCCGCCCCCACAACAUCUCCCUCAUCACCCUCGGCACCAUCUUCCUCUGGUUCGGUUGGCUGGGCUUCAAUGGAGGCUCCUCCUUUGGCGCCAACCUCCGCGCCGUCAUGGCCUGCUGGAACUCGUGCCUGACGGCCAUGUUCGCCGCCAUGACCUGGUGCCUGCUCGACUUUCGCCUCGCCAAGAAAUGGUCCAUGGUUGGCUGGUGCUCUGGUACCAUUUCUGGCCUCGUUGCUGCCACCCCCGCCUCUGGUUUCAUCGAUCCGUGGGCCAGCAUUGUCCUAGGCGUAGUCGCUGGCGUUGCCUGCAACUUUGGCACCAAGGUCAAGUUCCUCAUUCGCAUCGACGACAGCCUCGACGUCUUCGCUGAGCACGGAAUCGGCGGCAUGGUUGGCCUCAUCUUCAAUGGCUUCUUCGCUACCGGCAAGGUGAUUGGGCUUGAUGGCGUCAACACUGGUCUCAAGGGCGGUUUCCUCGACGGAAGCUACGUCACCCUUGGCUGGCAAAUUGCCGCCAUUGUCGCCUCCUCGUCAUACGCCUUUGUCAUGUCCGCCGUCAUCGCCAAGAUUAUCGACAUCAUCCCAGGCCUGAAGCUGCGCGCCUCCGAAGAGGCAGAGCUUCUCGGCAUGGACGACGACCAGCACGGCGAGUUCUCAUACGACUAUGUCGAGGUUCGCCGAGACUUCCUUGCCUGGAGUCCCCACCGUGGCGAGCCGGCCGAGGACGGCGAGGCCCUCGAACCUCAGCAUGGCAUUCAGGAGCACGCCAGCAUGGUUCGCCCCCACAGCUCCUCCGAUGCCGACGCCGCCGUCGAGGAAAAGAAGUCUCAUGCAUCAUCGUUGCAGGACGAGAGGGUCAGGCUGGAAGGGGAGAAGCAGGCAUAGCGGGUUCACGGUGUGCGUCUUCUGAUAUUUGAUUUUGGUGGCCUGUCUUCGUAAGCCAUCUACUUGGGAUCUUGUUUUGUAGCCCGUGGCAACGGGCUGGGUAGCCGGCGCUGGCGUUUGGUGAUUUGCGCAUUUAGAAUACCCGAUGACAUAUAGACACGCAAGGGGCGAAGCUGGAAAAAGCACGCCGGCAAAUUCAUUCGAGCCGCCAAGUUUGGCCCACUUCACAUGGCUUCCACAUAAAAUUGGCAGCAUAUCGCCACCGGUGUCUCAUCCAGCGCUUUGCUGGUCGGCUCGAGC